ACAUUAGUUGAAUAUUUUUAUUCUACGCAUGUGCUGUGAAUUAGAGUGAGUAUUGAGAGCACAUUCAAAAAGAGGGAUGCAGUGUAUAUAUUAUAGAAGCACGAUUAGUUUGUCACUUGAUUUAUUUCCGCACAUUUGUUAAGAUCGUUCCGGAGUGGUUUUGUGUACUAACAGUGCAAGAAAAUGUUCGAUCAAAAAAUGUUUGCUGCACUCUUUGCUUUUGUGCUUCUAACGGCAUAUGCCGCAGAGGAACUACCAUCUUACAUUCGUGUCUGUGGCCUCAAAGAUCCCAAAUAUAAUGAAUGUAUUCUGCACAGCAUCAUGAUUGCAAAGGAUCAGGCCUGCUUAGGGAUGUCGGAAUUUGACAUUUCUCCGGUCGAGCCAAUAACUAUUGACAAAAUGGUUAUUUUUAACACAGAUAAUCUUAAAUUAAAUCUCGAAGAUUUAAAAAUAAAAGGAUUUUGCAAUCUUGAAGUGAAGUCUGUUAACAUAUCCCCUGAUAAACUUCAUUUCGAUAUUGAUGUCACAUUGAAAAAUAUUGAUGCAGACUCCAAGUUUGACUUCGACAUACGUUUAUUGGUGUCACUUGCUAAUAAGGGAAUGAUUAAGUUUUCUACAG